AAAAAAAAAGGCCAUUGAUGCAAAAUGUUGAACUGUUUACACCCUGUUUGGAAGAACCCCAUAAUUCUUGGUUCUUCUGCUUCUCCAUUUAUCCACAAUUUUACAGCAACAAAUCAAGAAUUGUGUGUGGGUUUUUACCAGUUGAUCCAUGGGCACCAAAUAUUGAUUCACAAAGCAUAGCUUCACAAUUAUUUGCUUUUUCUCUUUUCCCUUAUGUUGGUUUUUUGUACUUCAUCACCAAAUCCAAGACUGCUCCAAAACUUACACUUUUUGGGUUCUAUUUCUUGCUUGCUUUUGUGGGUGCUACUAUUCCUGCUGGAAUUUACGCGAAAGUGCAUUAUGGAACUUCUCUAUCCAACGUGGAUUGGUUGCAUGGAGGAGCUGAGUCACUGCUCACUUUAACCAACUUAUUCAUUGUGUUGGGACUAAGGGAAGCUAUUAGGAAAGCUGAGAAUUCUGAAGAAAGCAAAACCAAUGAUGUCUCCAGAGUUAAAGAGGAGAAGAAGUCAUCUGUCUAGUUGACAUGUAUAUAUCUAUCAUCCUUUGUUGUUUGUAGACAAUAGUAUAUCAGCGGUUCAAAGAAAAUUUUUGUUUUUCCCGUUGUCCGUCUGGCUUCACUAGAUAUUUCUCUGGUCAAUUGUAUCUUCACCUCAAGCAUAGUUGCGACAGUCCUAUCUUGAUGCAUCAGUAGAGAAAGAUAGCUGUAUAGAUUGCAUAAAUCGAUGUUAUGAACAGUCAAUGAAGCACACAGUUAAUCACC